UUUGGGCAGUGUGCUCUGUGGUCAAAGGCACAAUGUGCAGAGAAGUUUUAAAAGCUCCAAACCGCUGCCACAAACAAAGCUCUUCCUGCAUCUCUUCAGUUAGUGAUGCAGAGACCCAGAGUUUUGUGUUUCACUUCAUGGAUCAUGGAAGCUGGAGUUCUGUAUUUUAUCUUCUUCCAGCCAGCAGGCUCUGAGCCCGACUGUGAGCCUGGUGAGAGGUGCAUCAAGCAGAACGAUGAAAACUUUAGCAGCUGGUAUGUGUGGUUCCUGACACUGUUUCUUCUGGCCCUGCUCCUGUCCUGCGGGAUCUGCUGCUGCCUGCAGUGCUGGCUGAAGUGGAAGAGCAGCCUCCAACCACGCACUCUGGCCGUCUUUGCACUCAGCAGCUCAGAUGCUUUCUGUGCGAGUGAAGCCCCUCAGUGCCCAUUUGCCAGAUCUCCAAGCACCUGCGUGAACGUGGAGAGGUCCUCUCCUGCCCUGCAGCUCAGCCCUGGGGGAACUGAGUUGCCUCCAUCUUAUGAGGACAUAAUGAAGGAAAAUAAACUCUAGAAACCA